ACCCGCGGUCGAUGCCGGCGAGGAGGGGGAUGGGCGCCUCUGAAUGUAAGGACCCGAGACAGAAUCAGAGCCUGUAUCACAUACAGCAGCAUAUACCCCAUUAUAAAUAGCGACAGUAUAUAUACAAUACUCUCAAAUACAUGGAUCUAUCCACCGGGGAUCUAUAAUAGACACUCAAUGGAUGCAGUGCACCUGAACAGGACAGGGAAUUUAACUUUCCGCCUAUGCGUGGGAGACACUGAGAAGUUUGUUUCCUACCCCUGGAGAGAGAGCUACUUUUAGGGGCAUUGGAUACAGGAGACUCCGAGGCCGACGUACAGGCCUAGUUGGAUUUGAUGUUGGGAUACUCUAAGGACUUCCCAUUGUACAUGUUUUUACCUCGUUUGUUCAAGUUUGGAAUGCCUCUUUAGGUCCCCCAUGACCGUGUGCCGUGGGCUACGGCUCGGCGGCGCCCCACCUCUGGAGUGGUCUGUUGCUGUAGUUGGGACCCUGUGAUUCAUCUCCUCCCCUCUCCUCCUCCCUCCCCCCCUCCCCCCAUCCCAUCCUGUCCCUUCCCUCCCCUCCCCCUCCUCCCCCUCUUCCCUUCCUCCCACGCGUCGCUGUGCUGGACGUCAUGAGCAUAGUAAUCGCGCUGGGAGUCACCACACCUGAAACGUCUUACUCAGAUAUGGCUGCUGGAUCAGACCCUGAGUCAGUUGAAGCAAGCCCUGCCGUGAAUGAAAAAAACUACAACAACCACAGUUGUGGGAGUGCACAGAGUCAUGGGUAUCGGGGACUACCAUAUGCUAUGCAACAGUCUUCCGUUGUGUGUUGUCAGGAUCACAACUAUGGCGCGCCCCCUCCCCCCACCCCACCUGCUUCCCCGCUCUCCCAAACCAUCAUUCCUCGCAUGGAUCUCAACGGCGUGGUACGCAGCUCCCGCUAUCACGAAGCUAUCGAGGACAACUCAGCCGACAGCGACAGCUCUUCAGAAGAGGACGGGGCUGUGGCCAGCUGGUGUCACUGCAGCCUGACGCCGGACGGCCUGCUCAUCAAAUGUGACAAUUGCAGGGGACUCGACAGGAGGAAAGGAACAGACAGCCAACACAGAAAAACAGAAAAUGUCUCAGCUGGAGAAAGCAGUGCCACUGAGAGUGGUGACGAAGAGGUUUCUCCCUCCACAAUCUCUUACACCGCCACCCAGCAUACGCCCACCAGCAUCAAACUCACUGUCAAUCGGGUCAAAAGGAGCAAAUCCAAAAAGAGAAAGAAGAGCACAGAGAAGGCCCGUGGGACACCAAAGGGCAAGAAAGUCAAGGCUUUCAGGGAGGGUUCAAGGAAGUCCAUGAGGAUGAAGAAAAACUCCAACUUGUGUUCUGUCCAGAACUCAACAACCGAGGCCAGCGUAUUGGAUGAGAACACAGCAGAGGGGUGGGAGAGCAGGAUCCGCCAGUGGACGGACCAGUAUGAAGAGGCUCUCGCCAACCAGUACAGUGCUGAUGUGCAGACACUCCUGCAGCUUCACCGCGCUGCCACCACCCCCGACUCAAAGGAAGCACCUCCAUCCAGUACACAGAUCCACGCCUCAGUCGACGCCAUGGACACCAUCAACCGCACUGAGCUAGCCUGUAACAACACAGUGCUGGGCUCACAGAUGCAGCUUCAACUGGGGCGUGUGACACGAGUGCAGAAACACAGGAAGAUCCUCCGUGCAGCCAAGAACUUGGAACCAGACACGCUCAUCAUUGAAUAUCGGGGAAAGGUCAUGCUCAAACAACAGUUUGAAGUGAACGGACACUUCUUCAAAAAACCCUACCCAUUUGUGCUCUUCUACUCAAAGUUUAAUGAUGUAGAGAUGUGUGUUGAUGCAAGGACCUUUGGGAAUGACGCCCGCUUCAUCAGGAGGUCUUGUACCCCCAAUGCUGAGGUCAGACAUAUGAUUGCUGAGGGCAUGAUCCAUCUGUGUAUAUACGCCAUCAGUCAAAUCACAAAGGACGCUGAGGUCACCAUUGGAUUUGAUUAUGAGUUCAAUAGCUGUAACUACAAAGUGGACUGUGCCUGCCAUAAGGGCAAUCAGAACUGCCCAGUGCAGAAGCACAACCAGAGCCCCAGGGAGAACCUGCUCAGUACCCCCUCCCUACCGCCUCCCUCCCCUCUGGUUGGUGCCGAGACCCGACGGAGAAAAGCCCGGAGGAGAGAGCUGGAGAGUAACCAGACCCUGGACCAGCACCAGGAGGCCAAAGAACUGCAGGGCACCAGUGAUACAGAGGAGAGACUGUUGGAUGAAAUGAAGGUGGAGGAGGGAGAGGAAGGAGAGGUGGAUGAAAACGGGGUCAUCAUCUCCAGUAAAAGAACAUGUAACAGCUUGGAAAGGAGGCGCAGGAGAGGUGGAGGAUCAGAGGUGAAGGAGGAGGGUGUGGAAAGUGAGGACGGGGCAGGAAACCCUGCUGGGAACACUUCCUCACCCCACAACACUGGAGUGGGGGUCAGCACACGGCGCACCACCUAUGUCGUGGAAGCGCCAUCUAUUGAAGAAAAAACCUCAUUACCCAGUCUGCCCGCCCCAGUUGCUCCCCCUAAGCCUGCACGACCUACCAAGCCUCGGCCCAAAAGUCGGAUCUCUCGUUACCGGUCAAGUUCAUCCCAGCGUGCGCGGCGGCAGCGCCAGGCCCUCGCCCAGCAGGCGGCAGCAGCUGCUGCAGCUGCAGCGAUGGCAGCAAUGCCGUCAUCAGCUGAUCCUGGUGCUUCUCUGGACGAGGAGGGUUCUCAGGGCCCAUAUGGGGCUGAACAUGGCCACGGUGAGAGUGGCCUCGGGGGUCAUUUCCUAGAUGGAGAUGGCAACGGUCUAAACUGCAUAAACAGAGGCAACAUGCGCUACCCCAAGACCAAGAAGUACCUGGUGACAGAGUGGUUGAAUGACAAAGUCCCUGGAGGAGAGAAAAUCCACCAAGAGGUACCUGUUGAGCGCCCUCUACGGAUAACCACUGACCCCACGGUGCUGGCCACCACCCUCAACAUGCUGCCAGGCCUCUCUCACUCAUCGCUCAUCUGCACCACACCAAGACACUACGUCCGCUUCGGCUCCCCUUUCAACCCCGAGAGACGCCGCCCCCGCCCACUUCAAAUGGACGGCACUUAUGGCUGCUACAAGAAGAGAUGGAUAAAACAAGUGGAGGAUGAGAGCUGUUCAGCCAGUGUGGAGGAUGGUACAGAGUCCACCUCUUCCCAGCAAAGUACCAGUAGCAGAUCCACUCCCAACCCCCUGUCCAGCGAAGUGAACGCACCGUUUAAGAAGCGCCGAUCCAAGUACAUGCCAGAGACGACACCAGCACCCUCGGACCACCUGCUUCGGCCGCUCUCACCCAUCACACCUCCGCUCCCAGAGGACUGCCUCCACCCGCCGCUCCACACCCCCUGUGGCUUCCUGCUCCCCAACGGCCUGGCCUACUCCCCCAUGCCCUCACUGCCCGCCAGCCGCUGCAACACACCGCUACAGUUUGAAAACAUAUCAUCCCCUGAAGCGUCUCCUGUUCACCGGCCCGAGUCCAUCUCUCCUGAGCCAUGUCUUCAGACAGACUUUGACAUCCCUCGGCCUCAGUUCCCUGACCUUUCCCUCCCCUCCAGCUUGGAGAGCCCUGUGGCUGUGACCUCAGAUGACUUUUCUCUUCCUGGAGGCCCUUCAGGCCACGAUUCCCAGGGCCCAUCAUCUGUAGGGACCAGUUCACUAAACCCAGUGUCCUGUCCUCCCUCGGACCUAACCUCCCAAACGAGGGAGCAGGCCUUCAGGACAGAAUUCAACCUCAUAUACACCUGCUCACCCCUCAAUGCAAACCUGGGGAACCCCGCGGCCACCGACCGCCACCUGUCCCAGUCAGAAGGUGGCUUUUCCCCAGCAGAGUCCUUCCACAGCUCCAUCAGCGGGCAGGGGCUUCUGGGAGAUGUGGGCUCUGGCUCCAUGUCCCCCUAUGGUGAGCCUCAUUAUGGGGGAGGCUACCCAGAUAGUGGCACACCUCCUCACACCAGCAACCCACCACAAAAGAGGAAGAGGGCCAACCAGCAUACCAUUAGUCUGCUGACAGGGAAGCCAGAUUACCAGGCUAUAGCUGUAAGAAGUGAAUACAAGCCAGUACAAAAUAUGGUGUCUUUGCUGGAGUACAGAAAGAGGAAGCAGGGUAGCGGUCGCGACUCAGAGCCAACUGGUAGCAGCUCCUCUCUGGGCAGCACCCCAACCCGCUCUGGCUCCCAGUACAGCCAGGACUCCCACCAUCCCCACUGCAAUCAGCAGAUGCAGCCCCCGGCGUCCCCACACAGCUGCUUCUCUUCCGCAGCACACACCUCCUCCAUCCCACAGAUAGAGGAGGUCAGUCCUCCAGACCGCCAGGACAACAACAACCAGUGGAUGGUCCCCACCACUGUUGAACGUCUAAGGGAAGGUCAGGUUCUGGAGCGCGUGCUAAGAAGCAUCAAGAUGGAGCGGGUUUACAAGCGGAGUGAUGGCUCGACAGAGAAGGAAUCUGAUGCAGAGCGAUAUGAGAUGCAGGCAGCGUCUAUGGCUUCUCCCAUGAAGAGUCCCCCUGUGUACUCACACCAGUCAUCAGAGUGCCACCGGCAGGCCGACAGCCCCUCCUUCCUCCAACAAACUUCCAACUCUCCAUUCCGAGGAUCCUACAGUCCGUCAUCAGGCCAGAGCUUCUACCCACGCCUUCCCACCUCUCAACCUGGAGUGUCCCAGGACCAUCCUCCAUCCUCCUUCCCCAGUCGCACCCCCGACCCCACCCCCACCUCCUCCUCUGACUCCCGGCCGCCAGCAGGCUCUCUCCACCAGCAGAGUGGCAGCAGUAACGUGGACGGAGGCCCCGCCUACGGCAGCAGCCACUUAAAAGCGAGCCUUUUGAAUAGCAGCGGCCUGGUGGGGACUCCCACCCCAGGACCCAGGGCCCACGGGCAGACUAAGGUAGACUCGGGUGCCCAUGCCUCCAGGGGGAGUCAACAACCGGUGUCUCGCAGCCUAAAGUCAGGCAGCCCAGGCCAGGCGGCGCUGCAGACUGGUUCUAGGCUGCUGUCGGCCACCGGAUCGACACACUACCAACAACGAGGGACGAGCCUUAGUCAGUUCCAGCACUCCCCUCUUCAGGGACCCGGAGUAAGGACACAGUCAGGAAGCUUUUAGGACCUUGUUCAAGUGUGUGUGUGUGUGUGUAUGUGUGAGUGUGUGCGCGUGAGUGUAUAUGAAGCUACGUACCUCCUCAACCCCCAAAGCUGCAAUGAAAUGGGGCUCAGGGAGUUUGGGGAGGGAAAAUGUACAGACCUUAGAGGAGCAAGGACUUCUUUAUGGAUUUCUCCUUUUCUUAUUUUCUGUCUUUUCUUUAUUUUCAGAAAAAAACUAAAACAAAUGACCACAUUCUGCACAAAGCUAUCAUUGACUUUGGACUUCAUUACGGAAUCAGUGGAAAAAUCGAUUUGGAUGACACAUUCUGGAGAAAAAAAAAACAAAACAUGAAAUCACAUGUAACUUGAAAUUGUCCCCAGUGUUUCCUCAUGUGCCGGACUGUGCAAACAGGCUCUAUAAUGUCGGAGAGUAAAAACUUCCACACAAAUGUCUGUACAAUGUUCUAAAAAGCUGUACCUGUCGCCAUGGUACCCACGUUGGAAAAAUGCUGAGAUGCAUAUGUAACUGAAAGCAAAAGUUGUUUUAUUUUAUUAUUUUUUUUGUCGAAGUUACUUUUUGAUUUGGCGAGUGGCCGAGUCUGUGCUGCAGUAAAGACGUGUUUGAUGUGGAAAGGGGGUAAAUGACAACAUGUUGAUCAUCCGUUCUAAAGAUGCAUUAGAGAGGCAGGGGGGGGGGGGGGGGUUCUCCCUGGAUAGGAUCAUUCCAUAUGAUUGUUCUCUCACCAAACAUGAAAACAGCCCUUUCUCUCUCUCUCGAGGUUUUCCGUUGUUUCCAAUGUCCUGUUUUGUUUUGUUUUUUAUUUUUUGGUUCUCUUCUGUUCUCUCAUCCCCACUGGACUGUUUGGAUUUCACAUUAGGACUACUUUGCUGUAGACCUCUGAUAUUGUACUUGAGACAUACAGGUCUUAUGAUUCAUGGUGCUGCAUUCUUGUUUUUUCCCAAUAAAUUUGAAAUCCAGUUAUGUUCCCCACAUACGGCUGCAUUCAUCUUGUCAUUAUAUCAGUUUAAAUCAGUUUUACUUUCCUCCAAAUUCAUAUUUAUCAUAUUAUAGUGAUGGGAUGCAGGGACAAAAUGCGAGGAGAAUAAUCCAAGUUUAGUUCUAAGCUCAGAUGUUGGGUUUGGCUGUUUGUGUCCUGCAGAAUUUCUUUUAGAAAAUAUAUAUAUAUGUAUGUUUUUCUGACCAAUCCUUGCAUUCCGUGCGACACCGAGGAAAACCAGGGAAGAGAUCUCUGAGGAUUGUUUAUAAAACCUAGGUUAAAAAAAGCUGCUAUGUUCUCCUGUGAGAGUUGCUUCCCUUUCGACAGAAUGCUGAAUUUGUUUUCCCUUUUAACUCUGAUCCUCACAAACUGACUUGUAAGAAAGAGACGGUUCUCCUGACCGCUGCAGUGGGACCUCAAAGCGACGUUAAGCUGACAGCUGGGCGACAGCAGGAGUCGCCCUCUCCUCCAUCUGAGACUUUGUUUUUGGACAGCCUUUGUGUGGAAGACUUCAAGGACCGAGGGCCCAGUCUUUAGACUGGACCCCACCAACCACUACAUCCACUGCCCCUCCCCCCAGUCCACCAACACACAGAAGGGUACUCAUGUUACAUGAAUGUUUGACAGAUUGAAAAAAUAAAGUUGUAACCCAAAAUUAACCAGCACCUUAAAAUGAAAGAAAUAAAGCCUAAAAGACACAAUAGGACAAUAUGUAUGAUUAUGUGUACUUGUAUAGAAAGAAAUGUGAUAUAGACUUGUAUGGAGAAAAUAUAGUACACUGAAUUUAUCGCAUGAUAUUUGUUUUUAGGGUCUGCGUGACCAACUUGUCAGAUGGUUGGAAGCUAAUCAUUGGGUCUGUUCCUGCAACAACCAGACGCUGCAUUCUCUCUUUGUUUUGUAAAGAUUAUUCUGUUGGCUUUGUUUUAUUUUUACACAGAUCAUAGUAGUAACUAUUUCAAUUGUUCCCCUCCAAAAGGUUUAAAAAGCAAGAGAUGUAAUGCAUUUUGAUAAUAAAAUAAUCAUGAUGGUAAUGUA